AUGCCAAAUCUCACACCUCAACAACUUGCCUCGCUCUUGAACACUCUCACUUCAAUCGAUCAACGACUCAACCGGAUUGAAGCGGCCCUUCGCCUUAACAAUAAUGUCGGGAAUACCAAUGGCAACGCCAACCAAACCUCUACAGGGACACCGGUUGCUCCAACCGCCUCGGUGCUAGCCCAUCCCUCACUAAGCGCCGUGGGCAGAACCAUUAUCACCAACGCCCAAUCCCCCUCGGUCGCACAAUUGCGCCCACACCCACCCCCACCAAGUGGAAGUAGCAGUCGCACCUCCAACCUCGCCACUAUCCACGCCGCCGCCCAGGCCCAGGCCCAAUCCUCCGAGCUCAACCCCCUCGACCCGCCUCCACAAGGCUACACCAUCUCCUCACGAGCUAGCAUGCAAGAAGAGCUCGACCACUGGACCAUUCCGCGCGGCUACAGCAUGCGCAUCGCCGGCGCCAAAGUAACCGGCAAGAAGAAAGUCCGCUGGGUGUGUUUCCGGGGCGGCGAAGCGCGCCACCACCGGCCACCCGUGGACGAGUCGGUGAUCCAGGCCGCCAAGGCCGAAGGCCGACGGAAACCCACCACGGAUCGCACUUCGAAAAAGUGCGGGUGUCUGUUUAAGUUCGAGGUGAUUGAGACGGCCAAGGGGUCCGAUCUGUGGAGCUGCAUUUACCCGAACGAAGAGCACAAGACGCAUAAUCAUGGCCCGUCGCCGGACCAGACGAGCGAUCCGCGAGCGAGGAAGUUGCCGGCGGAGGUGAGCAGGGAGGUGGAUGGGUGGUUGAGAGAGGGCUGGUUGGUUAGUAAGGUGCAGGAGGAGUUGAGGGAGAGGGGGUUUAGGAAUGUGUUGAAUACGGAUUUGUAUAAUCGGAAGAGGUUGUUGAAGAAGGAGGAUGCGCAGGUGGGGAGUUGA